AUGAGGUAUGAUGGGACCAAGGAUCCCCAGGAACAUGUCACGGCUUUCGAAGCAAGAAUGAAUCUGGAAGGAGUAGGCGACGAAGUCAGAUGCCGGGCAUUUCCUGUAACACUAGCCGGCCCGGCAAUCCGGUGGUUCAACACUCUCCCACAAGGAUCUAUCACGACUUUCGCAGACAUCUCCCAGAAGUUUCUAGCACGGUUCACGACGCGCAUAGCAAAGGCGAAACACCCGAUCAACCUGUUAGGGGUCACCCAGAAACCCGGCGAACCAACCAGGAAGUUCUUGGACCGGUUUAAUGACGAGUGCCUGGAAAUCGACGGCCUCACGGACUCGGUCGCCAGCCUAUGCCUAACGAACGGCCUAUUGAAUGAGGACUUUAGGAAACACCUAACAACCAGGCCUGUAUGGACCAUGCAAGAAAUCCAGAGCAUAGCCAAGGAGUACAUCAAUGACGAAGAGGUCAGCCAGGUUGUGGCGGCCAAUAAACGGCAGCCACCCAACCCACCACCUCGGCAUACGCACCAGACUGAAAGGUACAAGGAAACUCCUAGAGACAACACCCCAAACAAACUACCCAAGCAACCACGGGUAGGGAGGUUCACGAACUACACGCCACUCACGGCGCCUAUAGUAGAGGUCUACCAGCAGAUUGCAGACAAAGGAAUCCUAUCCAGACCAAGACCCCUGAAGGAGAGAACGGGAGGCAACAAAAACCUUUACUGCGAUUACCACAAAGGGUUUGGUCACAAGACCCAGGACUGCUUUGACCUCAAAGAUGCCUUGAAACAAGCCAUCAGGGAGGGGAAACUAAACGAGUUCUCCCGGCUCAUUAGGGAGCCGAGGAGACGGGAAAGAGAAUGCUCCGAGGAAGACCGAAAUCGGGCUGUCAAGCCUAGGCAAGAACCUACAGGGGACGCCAACAACCAGCCUUUGUGGUUAACGUCGUAG